UCUGUAUCGCCGUUAUCUACACUUUGACACACACACAAACUUGGCUAUAUAUAUGCCUAAACACACAAACGAAAAUCAGACCAAUCACUACACAAAUAAACCAUAACUCUCUCUCUCUCAAAACAUUUUAACUUCAAACCAAUUAAUUCUCACCGAUCAUGCCGAUCAGAAACAUCGCCAUCGGCGGAGUCCAAGGAGAAGUGACUCACCCCAGCGCACUUAGGGCGGCACUCGCUGAGUUUAUCUCCACUUUGAUCUUUGUCUUCGCCGGCUCAGGAUCCGGAAUCGCUUUCAACAAGCUCACUGACAAUGGUGCGACCACUCCUUCAGGCCUCGUCGCCGCUGCUUUAGCUCAUGCUUUCGGUCUCUUCGUCGCUGUUUCCGUCGGUGCUAACAUCUCUGGUGGUCACGUUAACCCAGCCGUUACCUUCGGUGCUUUCGUCGGUGGAAACAUCACUCUCCUCCGUGGUAUCCUCUAUUGGAUUGCUCAGCUUCUUGGCUCAGUCGUCGCUUGUCUCCUCCUUAAAUUCGCCACCGGUGGCUUGGCAGUUCCAGCUUUUGGUCUCUCUGCUGGAGUUGAAUCCUUAAACGGUUUCGUCUUCGAGAUCGUGAUGACCUUCGGGCUCGUCUACACCGUCUACGCCACAGCCGUUGACCCCAAGAACGGUAGUCUCGGAACAAUCGCACCAAUCGCCAUAGGUUUCAUCGUUGGAGCUAACAUCCUCGCCGGUGGAGCUUUCAGCGGAGCCUCCAUGAACCCAGCCGUGGCUUUUGGACCAGCCGUCGUGAGCUGGACGUGGACCAACCACUGGAUCUACUGGGCUGGUCCUCUUGUCGGUGGUGGACUCGCUGGACUCAUCUACGAGUUUGUCUUCAUCAACCAAAACGGCCACGAGCAAUUGCCCACCACUGAUUACUGAAGACUGCCAAAACUCAAUAUGAUUUGAUUUGUUUUUAUUUCGCAUCGUAAUGGGGUCGUUGGAUCUUUUUUAGAUGAAUCGUUGUAUGUUGAUUUUAUUGUGUAUUUGGGUUUGUCGUUGGAGUUUUAGUUCCCUGGAAUGCUUUUGUGCAAUUGUAUUGUACGGUACGGUACGGUACUGAUGACUAUGAAUGAUAAAACCAGGGAAUGUGAAUUACCCAAGCUUCUAAUA